GUAAACAAUCGUCAAUUCAACAAACGGUAGUACAUGGAGUCUGUACUCAGAACAUCAACCCUCCCUGUUGUGUGUCUUCUAGUUGUACACUAUGUAGCAGAGACCCAGGGCGGCGCGGCGUGUGACAGCCCCUAUAUCAACAACGGGAGACCAGUUAAUAUACCAGAAGAGGAGUAUGCCAAGUACUGCUGUAAGGCGAAAUAUUACCCCCCAUUCACCACAGCCUCCCGGUUCGACUGUGCUUCGGAAGGCGGGUGUUGCGGGGAAGUCGACAAGCAGUACUGCUGUGAUCUAGACAAAGUCGCUCUUCAGUUGGGUUUAGGCAUUGGGGCAGGUGCUAUUGUACUUCUGGUCAUAAUCGCUGUCAUCGUGUGCUGCUGUCUCAAGUCCGCAGGCUAUACCUGCAAUGAUUGUUGUAAAGAUUGGAACAAGCCAUUAGAUUUAACAACAUGGAACAACGGCACACGCUCUAACUUCGCUUUAGACAACACAUGGGGUGAUUACAGGGAUACCAGAGAGGGUGUAUACAGGACUUCCCGACAGGUUGCUAACGAGAAUACCCGAUCAAAUGCCAGUAUUUCCUUCCACCGUGAACGCGACACCGAACCUGUAUCUACCAUCGUAAUGUCCCCCACAGCGCCCCCAGCAUAUGUUCCAGAUGUUCCACCAGAUGCCCCGCCCCCGUCCUAUACUGAAGUCAUACGAAAUCCGCAUGUAUUCCCCCGUACUGAUAAGGGCAACGGUAUAUAGAGCAUAGGAGUGAAUGAGUGGGCAAGCUUAGUUUUUGCCGGCUUUAGCAAUAAUCCAGCAAUAUCACGGCGGGUGACAACAGAAAUGGGGCUCACACAUUGUACCCAUGUAGGAAAUCGAACCCAUGACGAGCAAACGCUUCAGCAACUAGGCUACACCUUACAUCGGGACUGAUUAAGCGAAAUUGUUGGCACUGUUUCGUGAUCCUUGAGUGGGAAAAUAAC